AUGGUGCCAGAAAAUAGAAGGAAACAGUUGGCAAUUUUUGUAGUUGUCACAUAUUUGCUCACAUUUUAUUGCGUGUAUUCAGCCACCAAGACAAGCGUUUCCUUUUUGCAAGUAACACUGAAGCUAAAUGAAGGCUUCAAUCUAAUGGUUUUGUCGAUAUUCAUCUUAUUAAAUUCUACCUUACUAUGGCAACUCCUAACGAAACUAUUAUUUGGUGAACUGAGGCUUAUUGAGCAUGAGCACAUUUUUGAAAGGUUACCAUUUACCAUUAUAAACACCUUGUUUAUGUCCUCACUGUUCCACGAACGGUAUUUUUUCACAGUGGCAUUUUUUGGACUAUUACUACUCUAUCUGAAAGUUUUCCAUUGGAUUUUAAAGGAUAGGCUGGAGGCCUUAUUACAGUCAAUAAAUGAUUCCACCACAAUGAAAACCCUUAUCUUUAGUAGAUUCUCAUUUAACCUCGUACUAUUGGCGGUUGUAGACUACCAGAUAAUAACACGAUGCAUCUCCUCCAUAUAUACAAACCAAAAGAGUGAUAUUGAAUCCACAUCCCUUUACCUGAUACAAGUAAUGGAGUUUACCAUGCUUUUGAUUGAUUUGCUAAAUUUAUUCCUACAGACUUGUUUGAAUUUCUGGGAAUUUUAUCGCUCACAACAAAGUCUGUCUAAUGAGAACAACCAUAUUGUCCAUGGCGAUCCUACAGAUGAAAACACGGUUGAGUCUGAUCAAUCUCAGCCAGUGCUGAAUGACGACGACGAUGACGACGAUGAUGAUAGACAAUUUACCGGCCUGGAGGGUAAAUUCAUGUAUGAAAAAGCAAUUGACGUAUUCACAAGAUUCUUAAAAACGGCACUUCAUUUGUCUAUGCUAAUACCAUUUAGGAUGCCUAUGAUGCUUUUGAAAGAUGUGGUGUGGGAUAUCUUGGCACUAUAUCAAAGUGGCACAAGUUUGUGGAAAAUCUGGAGAAAUAACAAACAGCUCGACGACACUCUUGUCACUGUCACCGUAGAACAGCUACAAAAUUCUGCAAAUGAUGACAAUAUUUGUAUCAUUUGUAUGGAUGAGUUAAUACAUUCUCCAAACCAGCAGACGUGGAAGAAUAAAAACAAGAAACCCAAAAGGUUACCUUGUGGCCACAUACUUCAUUUGUCGUGUUUAAAGAAUUGGAUGGAACGUUCUCAGACUUGUCCUAUUUGUAGAUUGCCUGUCUUUGAUGAAAAAGGUAAUGUUGUGCAAACGACUUUCACUUCCAAUAGUGAUAUCACGACACAGACCACCGUAACAGAUAGCACUGGGAUAGCGACAGAUCAACAAGGUUUCGCAAACGAAGUAGAUCUACUUCCCACAAGAACAACUUCCCCUGAUAUAAGGAUAGUGCCUACUCAAAAUAUAGACACAUUAGCAAUGAGAACAAGGUCAACCUCUACACCAUCUCCUACGUGGUAUACGUUCCCAUUACAUAAAACUGGUGAUAAUUCUGUUGGGUCAAGCCGAUCAGCCUACGAAUUUUUGAUCACAAAUUCAGAUGAGAAAGAAAAUGGUAUUCCUGUCAAAUUAACAAUAGAAAAUCACGAAGUAAAUUCUCUGCAUGGAGACGGGGGCGAGCAAAUUGCCAAGAAAAUUGUCAUACCAGAUAAAUUUAUCCAGCAUAUCUAG